AUGGCAAUGGUAGUUAGCAGCUGGCGAGAUCCGCAGGACGACGUGGCCGGGGGCAACCCCGGCGGCCCCAACCCCGCAGCGCAGGCGGCCCGCGGCGGCGGCGGCGGCGCCGGCGAGCAGCAGCAGCAAGCGGGCUCGGGCGCGCCGCACACGCCGCAGACCCCGGGCCAGCCCGGAGCGCCCGCCACCCCCGGCACGGCGGGGGACAAGGGCCAGGGCCCGCCCGGUUCGGGCCAGAGCCAGCAGCACAUCGAGUGCGUGGUGUGCGGGGACAAGUCGAGCGGCAAGCACUACGGCCAAUUCACCUGCGAGGGCUGCAAAAGUUUCUUCAAGAGGAGCGUCCGCAGGAACUUAACUUACACAUGCCGUGCCAACAGGAACUGUCCCAUCGACCAGCACCACCGCAACCAGUGCCAAUACUGCCGCCUCAAGAAGUGCCUCAAAGUGGGCAUGAGGCGGGAAGCGGUUCAGCGAGGAAGAAUGCCUCCAACCCAGCCCAAUCCAGGCCAGUACGCACUCACCAACGGGGACCCCCUCAACGGCCACUGCUACCUGUCCGGCUACAUCUCGCUGCUGCUGCGCGCCGAGCCCUACCCCACGUCGCGCUACGGCAGCCAGUGCAUGCAGCCCAACAACAUUAUGGGCAUCGAGAACAUCUGCGAGCUGGCCGCGCGCCUGCUCUUCAGCGCCGUCGAGUGGGCCCGCAACAUCCCCUUCUUCCCGGAUCUGCAGAUCACCGACCAGGUGUCCCUGCUACGCCUCACCUGGAGCGAGCUGUUCGUGCUCAACGCGGCCCAGUGCUCUAUGCCGCUGCACGUGGCGCCGCUGCUGGCCGCCGCCGGCCUGCAUGCCUCGCCCAUGUCCGCCGACCGCGUCGUGGCCUUCAUGGACCACAUCCGCAUCUUCCAGGAGCAGGUGGAGAAGCUCAAGGCGCUGCACGUCGACUCGGCCGAGUACAGCUGCCUCAAAGCCAUCGUGCUGUUCACGUCAGACGCCUGUGGCCUGUCGGAUGCGGCCCACAUCGAGAGCCUGCAGGAGAAGUCGCAGUGCGCACUGGAGGAGUACGUGAGGAGCCAGUACCCCAACCAGCCCAGCCGUUUUGGCAAACUGCUGCUGCGACUGCCCUCGCUGCGCACCGUGUCCUCCUCCGUCAUCGAGCAGCUCUUCUUCGUCCGUUUGGUAGGUAAAACCCCCAUCGAAACUCUCAUCCGUGAUAUGUUACUGUCUGGGAGCAGCUUCAACUGGCCUUACAUGUCCAUCCAGUGCUCCUAGACCUUGGGCGCUUCCCACCUGCCCCGUCCCCCUAGAGACUCAGAGGACCCACCUGGGCCAAGGACUCCAAAGCCGCGGGGACACCGGGAAGUGCAGCGGGCCAGGCAGGCUGGGCGGGAGGGAGGAGGGCCGAGACAGGAGCAGCCCACCCAGCAGAAAUACAACCCGAGCUACAAAGCAUGGGAAAAAGAGACUCUUUUAGGAUCAGAUCUGUGAGCACGUUGGCGAGGAAAAACAAAACAAACAAAAAAAAGAACCUUGUGUCUGUCUGGUGAAAAAAAGAAAAACAAAUUGGAAGAGAGGACCAUGAGAAUUUUAAUAAAACAGAAGGAAACUAAUGGACCUUCCAGGAUUUAUUGUGGACGGAUGUGGAUAUAUUCUGUACAGGAACAACACAUAUGGAAGUGGACUGAAGCCUAUGUAGAAACACACACACACUGAACAUUGUUAUUCAUUUUGUAAAAUACUAGUCUUUAUUUUCAUUUUUUGUAAAAUUUAAACAUCGUAUGCGCAUAAAGAAAAAGGAAACAAGAAUUAGGGGAAAAUAACAUUUUCCAAAUAAUUAUAAAAAAUUGUCCUGUGUCUAUGUAUCUAUAUCUGUUUUGUAUUUUUUUCUGGUUCCAAACCAGAUUUCCUGUGAUUCUAUACUAAUAAUUUUUGAUAUAACCCUUUGCUUCUUAUAAUGAGUGCGAUAUAUGUUGUCGAGGCUGUUCUUCAAGAAUUAAAAUUGAAGUGAAAAUUUAAACAAAAAUAAAAGAAUUUAGCAAAA